GAUGAAAUCCUGGGAUUGGUUUUUUGGUCGAUUGCGACCCUCCAAAUGGGCCACCCACCAUCGUACGCGCCGCCUGCGUGAAAAGUGACGCAUAACUACAGCAAGCAAGCGGGAACGAAAGAAAACGAAAAUGAAAGAAAAAAGGACACUACCGUAAUACUUGGCAAUCCGAAAUACACCUGGUUCGUUUACCUCUACCAACAAGAGACAAAAAUGGAUAGGAAAUGGAGGAAGCAGGAGGCUAAUGCAGUCUUGAGCAAAACGGGAAAUGGGGCGCGCGGCUGCCAGCAUCCACACAUGCUUGACACUUGGGUCCAUGUCCUGUCGCCUGCUUAUCAAGUGCGCUCUCAUAUGACCAAAAGUCGAUGCAAGGGCGGGGGCUUAUCGUGGCGUCAGACCAUGUUCAACCUUUCGGGAGUCAGCACAAUCUCGAUAAAUCCGGGGACUGGAGAAACGAAGGGGGUAGCGAGAGUAAGAGCGAGCAAAUGA